ACCAAAUAAAAGUCACAAAAGCCAAAUUAUCUCCUCCUCCAAAUUACAAUAAUCAUAAUGUCUAUUGACGAUAGCAACAUAAGUGUGGAUCUAACCAUUUAUCGUGAAUACAUACUUCAUUUACCAAUUGAAUUCAAUGAAAUCAAAGCCAAGUUCCAAAAAAUUGACUUCAUUCUAGGCUUUGCCAGCGAGGACUACAACAUACAAGGAAAAGGCACAGGAUAUUUCAAGCCAACUUGGAAUGUUGAUGAUCUCAGUCCCGAAAAGUUGAAAACUUUGAAAGAAAACAAUCCCCAAGUUAGAGUGAUACUAAGCAUUGGAGGCGUUGGCACUGAAUAUCCAUUCAAUCCAAUCGAGAAACAUCAGUGGAUUUCCAACGCUCUAAACUCGAUUAGACAAAUCAUCAUUCAGUAUGACCGCAUCUAUAGAUACCAUAACAUCAUCGAUGGUAUUGAUAUUCACUAUGACGUCAUCAAAUCAAGUAGGAAUGAAUUUUCCUACUUAAUUGGAGAUGUUAUAAAACAAUUAAAGAAUGAUACACGUCUAUUUAUCAAUGUGGUGUCCAUUGCUCCAACAGCGCAUGUUCAAUCAUACUACCACAAAUUGUAUUCUGACCACAAAGAUAUUAUUGAUUUGGUUGAUUACCAAUUUUACAAUCAAAAAAUCUACUCAAAGGAUGAAUUUGUAGAACUCUAUAAAAACCUAGUAGGUGCCUAUGGUUCUUAUAAAGUCCUACCAGGUUACAGCAAUCCUUAUGACCCUAUAAUUAUUGAGGGCAUCAUAUACCUCAUCAAAAACAAAUUAAUCCCUGGAAUUUUUUAUUGGAAUCCUAAUAACUCUACCAUUGAUACCAACACAUCCUCUCUCGAGAACAUACUACAAAACCUCUGAUCAGCUGGAUAAUAAUUAAUUAAUUACUAGCUACCUAGCUAGUGUAAUCAAUUAUGGAUCAUAUAAUAUCAAGCUUAUGUUGCUUGUUCUAAAUAAAACUUGUGAAAUUGUGUGCUUGGAGUACUACAUGUGUGUUUUUGUGUGAUGUUUAUUUUUUGUUGUCUUUUAAUUUCUUUUAUCAUUUUGUUGUGUGUGCAAAUUAAGUACUUCUAGUGUUGUAACAUGUAUGUGUAACGCUUUGAAUAAUAUGGAGCAAAUAAAAUAUUAUUUUGCUUUCUUUA